CUACCAAAACCCGUAUACACCACCACGCUACUUCCCCACGCUUUAUCUAAUUCCCUUUUAUUAUUACACCACUAUUUUUUAUUAACCCCCCAAUCCAGAAAAAAAAAACAACCUUUGCUUUCAGGUUUUGUUCCAACUCACUGUCUCACCUCUCUAACCCUUAAUUAUUACCAACGACCACGCACCACAUCCACUUUCAUCAAUUUCCUUAAUCUCCACAUAACAUCAGCAGCAAACAACCACAGCACAACCAACCAGCUAGUUCCUUCUAUGUGCCUGUCUACAACAACAACUACUCCUACUACUAAUUCUACUAAUUCUACUAAUUCUACAUGGAUGGCAACCCUUUUGGAAACGUUCCACCACCACCAAUACAAGUCCCUGAUAACUUUCCUCACUCAUCCUCCUCUUCGCCAACCCCAACCACGUCCUCUCCGUCUCCCACUCCUUCCGCCGGCUUCCGCUACAGGGGGACGCGCUCCCGUAGCGGUAAGUGGGUGUCGGAGAUAAGGGAGCCACGUAAAACCACGCGCAUUUGGCUGGGGACUUACCCGGCACCGGACAUGGCUGCGGCGGCCUAUGAUGUCGCGGCUCUCGCGUUGAAGGGACCCGACACGCCCCUUAACUUCCCCAAUUCCAUACUCUCGUACCCGAUUCCCGCGUCAUUGUCUGCCACCGAUAUUCAAGCCGCGGCUGCGGCAGCAGCGCAGGCUAGGCUCGUGAGGGCGCCGCAGGAGAGUGGGCAGGCGGUAAACCCUGAUAUUGGACAGGAGUCGGAGAGGCGUGAUGAGUACUAUGAUGAGGAUGAGUUGUUGAACAUGCCGAAUUUGCUUGAUGACAUGGCCAGGGGAAUGCAGGUUAGUCCCCCUAGGAUCAGUUCCUUUUCUUCUGAUGAUUCGCCUGGCAAUUCCGAUGCAGAUAACCUUUGGAGUUAUACCCUCUGAUCAUUGAUUUCUUGCUGUUUGUAUAAGUAAGGUAAUUUGUUUUUGUGUUUGUUUGAGGUUGUGAGACCGUACGGAUCAACCUACGCAAGUUGUUCCAGAUUACAAGUAAUGUUAUAAGUUUCCGUCUUAAGUAUGUUGAAUAUUCAAGAUAAUGGCUCUGACAGGAUUAUGAGGAUAUUUGUUGUCUCCUACAAAAGAAAAAUGCUUGAGUGUGUGUGGGUGUUUGUGUCAGCGUCUGUGUUUCGGUUUGCCCUCUUUGUUGGUUGAAGGUGAUUUUGGUUUUGAAGGCUGCUGCUGGGAAAGUUGCGUUGAGGUGUAUAUGGAAUGGGAUACAAGGUCAAGGAAUGAGAUAAGAUUACUCUCACCAUUGCUGGGUUUGGUGAGAGAUGCCACAAAUUUUAGGGAAUGGUUUAUGUGAUCCGUUGUUUUGUUAGAUCCGUAGUUCCGUACGGUGUAAUCAGUUGGGGGAGGCUAGCUAGAAGGAUUCUACUUUUGAUCAUGGGUCUUUCUUUCUCCUUAGUAAUACAUAGACGAUUCUACACAUGUGUGGGUGUGUUGCCCUUUUGAGGUACUUUUGCGGCAGAUUUGUAUUCAUUGAAUAAAAACUAUUUCUGGAAGUUUGUAGAAGCUUCAGGAUCUCUGGUAUGUAUGUAUUUAAGCUCUACUAGAGAAUGAUAUAUAUAGUAUAUGACAAAUAGCUGGUGUAUCCAUUCUCUUAUUCUAUGCGUCUGGAACUAAAGUUAGAGUGCAAACAAUGUUUCUUCUAAUCAUAACUUUCUUA